AUGUCUAAUUCAUUCAUCGGAUUUUCUUCCUAUUUUCAUUCAACUACUUUUCUUCCUCUUUUCUUCCUAAUUUAUCUGCUUUUUAUCUUUUUCUAUUUUCAUUCAUCUGAUUUUCUUUCUAUUUUCAUUCAUUUACUUUUCUUCCUAUUUUCAUUCAUCUGCCUUUCUUCCUAUUGUCAUUCAUCUGAUUUUUCUUUCUUUUUCAUUCAUUUACUUUUCUUCCUAUUUUCAUUCAUCUUCCUUUCUUCCUAUUGUCAUUCAUCUGAUUUUCUUUCUAUUUUCAUUCAAUUACUUUUCUUCCUAUUUUCAUUCAUCUUCCUUUCUUCCUAUUGUCAUUCAUCUGAUUUUCUUUCUAUUUUCAUUCAUUUACUUUUCUUCCUAUUUUCAUUCAUCUUCCUUUCUUCCUAUUGUCAUUCAUCUGAUUUUCUUUCUAUUUUCAUUCAUUUACUUUUCUUCCUAUUUUCAUUCAUCUUCCUUUCUUCCUAUUGUCAUUCAUCUGAUUUUCUUUCUAUUUUCAUUCAUUUACUUUUCUUCCUAUUUUCAUUCAUCUGCCUUUCUUCCUAUUGUCAUUCAUCAGAUUUUCUUUCUAUUUUCAUUCAUUUACUUUUCUUCCUAUUUUCAUUCAUCUGCCUUUCUUCCUAUUGUCAUUCAUCUGAUUUUCUUUCUAUUUUCAUUCCUUUACAUUUCUUCCUAUUUUCAUUCAUCUGCCAUUCUUCCUAUUGUCAUUCGUCUGUUUUUUUUUCUAUUUUCAUUCAUUUACUUUUCUUCCUAUUUUCAUUCAUCUGCCUUUCUUCCUAUUGUCAUUCAUCUGAUUUUCUUUAUAUUUUCAUUCAUUUACUUUUCUUCCUAUUUUCAUUCAUCUGCCUUUCUUCCUAUUGUCAUUCAUCUGAUUUUCUUUCUAUUUUCAUUCAUUUACUUUUCUUCCUAUUUUCAUUCAUCUUCAUUUCUUCCUAUUGUCAUUCAUCUGAUUUUCUUUCUAUUUUCAUUCAUUUACUUUUCUUCCUAUUUUCAUUCAUCUGCCUUUCUUCCUAUUUUCAUUCAUCUGAUUGCCUUCCUAUUUUCGUUCAUCUGCUUUUAUUUCUUCAUUUAAUUUUUCUUUUUCACUUUCUUUAUCUAUCUAUCUAUCUAUCUAUCUAUCUAUCUAUCUAUCUAAAUUUGUCCAGAUCUAUCUAUCUAUCUAUCUAUCUAUCUAAAUUUGUCCAGAUCUAUCUAUCUAUCUAUCUAUCUAAAUUUGUCCAUAUCUAUCUAUCUAUCUAUCUAUCUAGGUUUGUCCAGAUCUAUCUAUCUAUCUAUCUAGGUUUGUCCAGAUCUAUCUAUCUAUCUAUCUAUCUAUCUAUCUAUCUAUCUCAGUUUUUCCAGAUCUAUCUAUCUAUCUAUUUAUCUAUCUAUCUAUCUCAGUUUUUCAGAUCGAUUUAUCUAUUUCAGUCUGUCCAGUUCUAUCUAUCUAUCUAUCUAUCUAUCUAUGUCCAGAUCUAUCUAUCUAUCUAUCUCAGUUUUCAGAUCUAUCUAUCUAUCUAUCUCAGUUUUCAGAUCUAUCUAUCUAUCUAUCUCAAUUUUCAGAUCUAUCUAUCUAUCUAUCUAUGUCCAGAUCUAUCUAUGUCUGUCCAGAUCUAUCUAUCUAUCUAUCUAUCUAUGUCUGCCAGAUCUAUCUAUCUAUCUAUGUCUGUCCAGAUCUAUCUAUCUAUCUAUGUCUGUCAGAUCUAUCUAUCUAUCUAUGUCUGUCCAGAUCUAUCUAUCUAUCUAUGUCUGCCAGAUCUAUCUAUCUAUCUAUGUCUGUCCAGAUCUAUCUAUCUAUCUAUCUAUCUAUGUCUGCCAGAUCUAUCUAUCUAUCUAUGUUUGCCAGAUCUUUCUAUCUAUCUAUCUAAGUUUGUCCAGAUCUAUCUAUCUAUCUAUCUAUCUAGGUUUAUCUAUCUAUCUAUCUAUCUAGGUUUGUCCAGAUCUAUCUAUCUAUCUAUCUAUCUAUCUCAGUUUUUCCAGAUCUAUCUAUCUAUUUAUCUAUCUAUCUCAGUUUUUCAGAUCGAUUUAUCUAUCUCAGUCUGUCCAGUUCUAUCUAUCUAUCUAUCUAUGUCCAGAUCUAUCUAUCUAUCUAUCUAUCUAAGUUUUCAGAUCUAUCUAUCUAUGUCCAGAUCUAUCUAUCUAUCUAUCUAUCUAUCUAUGUUUUCAGAUCUAUCUAUCUAUCUAUCUCAGUUUUCAGAUCUAUCUAUCUAUGUCCAGAUCUAUCUAUCUAUCUAUGUCUGUCCAGAUCUAUCUAUCUAUCUAUCUAUGUCUGCCAGAUCUAUCUAUCUAUCUAUAUAUGUCUGCCAGAUCUAUCUAUCUAUCUAUCUAUCUAUGUCUGCCAGAUCUAUCUAUCUAUCUAUCUAUCUAUCUAUGUCUGCCAGAUCUAUCUAUCUAUCUAUCUAUCUAUCUAUCUAUCUAUCUAUCUAA